AGGUUACUGCUUCAUUAGUGGCGCGGCGUAGGCAAACGAGGGACAUGCAAGGUUGAUGCGCGCGGAGCGUGGCUUACAUACGGCUUUAAGCUGUCGGGUAGAGCGUCUGGGCGAUUUGUCAGUGCCAAACAGUGCUGCGACGAUAUACUGGUAUAUUUUGAGCGUGUGUUGCAUUCCAUUUUCUGUUGAUUUCUUCACAGAAGGCAAUGAAUUGACUUUUACUGGCUGUAACUUGGUGUGGUGCUGAUAAGUGCGGAUUUUUGUCUUUGACUUUGUUCACCUUAAAUGACCAGCCUCAUGAUGGAACUUAUUUCCCGUCAAACCGUCUGUUGUGUUUUGCGUCAACACACCAGGCCUUAUCCAUGGACACAUGGAAUGCAUGUCAUGCACCACAGCACGCUGCCAGUCAUCUCAGUACCAAAAAUGAUGCAACAGAAACAGGCAAAUAAGAAGAAGGCUGAAGAGAAAGCCAGGCAUGCAAAACAUCUUCAACAAAUUAGGGAAGAUUCAAGGAAGGGAAAGAGAGAGGUCUGCAUUGUUCGCUGCAAGAAUCACCAACUGAAUCACUACCAGGGCCAAAGCUAUGACAGGACCAAGGGAGUGCGACUGGCAUCCUGUGGCUGGAGGCACAGCCGAGCCAAGGGUGACCACUUCACUAUCUGUAGCAGAGAGGGUUCGGGUCUCUCCAUGUGGCCGACCUCGGACAGUGAGACGCAGCCGCUGACCUUCUCAGACCUGCAGCUCCACCCUGACAUCGUGGCCAACCUGCGGCUGCAAGGUGUCGUCACGCCCACUGAGAUCCAGCGCCGCGCCAUCCCCCGCCUGCUGGACGGCUGCGGCGCGCUACUGGCCGCCGAGACGGGCUGCGGCAAGACGCUGGCCUUCCUGGCGCCGCUGCUGGACCGGCUGUAUCGGCAGCAGCUGCAGGAGCCGGCGGCCGCCGAGCCGGUCAGGAACCGGCCGCGGGCGCUCGUCAUCACGCCGGGCAGGGAGCUGGCCCAGCAGAUCAAGGAGGUGGCCGACGGCCUGGCGCGCGAGCUGCCGCUGCGCGCCCAGCUCCUGCUCGGCGGCCGCACCAAGCGCAAGAUGCUGCACCCUACCCUGCUGGAGAUGGACCUGCUGGUGGCCUCCUUUGGCGCGCUCAGCAAGCUCACCAGCGUCGGCGUGCUGGACCUGUCCCGGGUGACCCAGGUGGUGCUGGACGAGGCCGACACGCUGCUGGACGACUCGUUCCGGGAGGACGUGCGUCGGCUGCUGCACCGGCUGCCGCUGCGCGUCGGCAGCGCGAAGGCGGCGCCGGACGCCCCGCCGGACGCCAGCCUUACUCUGGUCGGCGCCACGCUGCCCAGCGGCGUCGACCGCCUCCUGGACGGACUGGUGACGGGCGACAGCCUGACCAGAAUCACAACGCCGCGACUGCACCGGCUGCUACCGCACGUGGCGCAGACCCUGGUGCGGCUGGGCCCGACCGAGCGGCCCGAGGCGCUGCUGCGGCUGUGCCGGCAGGCUCGCGACCACCACCAGACGGUGAUCGUGUUCAGCAACAAUGCCCACACGUGCAACUGGGUGAGCCUGUACUUGAACGAGCAGGGCAUUGACUGCCUGAACAUCAACGGCGAGAUGCACUACAAGCUACGUCAGGGCCGCUGGCACGCGUUCCUCUCCGGCCAGCCAGCUGUGCUCUCCUGCACCGACAUCGUGUCCCGCGGCCUGGACAGCGCGCACGUGCACCACGUGGUCAACUUCGACUUCCCCUGGAACACGUCUGACUACGUACACCGAGCGGGCCGCGUGGGCCGCGUGGGCGGCAUCGCCGACGGCAGCGUCACGAGCUUCGUCAGCCGCCCGCUGGAGGUGGAGAUGGCGCAGCGUAUCGAGAUGGCGGCUCGCACUGACCAGGAGCUCUGGAACGUGGACGCCAACAUCAAGCAUAUCAUCGAGCGGCGGAUGCUGCGGAAGGCGGCGAAUGCGGAGUCGCGAAGGCGGAGCUGAAGCCGCCACCGCUGCCUCUGACCGGUCGGCUUGUCGUGUGUGCGUGAUGGCAGUGAGGGGGUGGGUGUGAUGAUCACAUGGCUCCAGCGCACGCCAGUCGGUGUGUUUUCUCUUGUAGAGACAGGUUAUGGUAUUUUGGAUGUUGAGGGAAUGCCAUGAACGCUACUGUAUGGUUAUGUCAGAUGUUUCUGAAUACAACGACGAGGAAGA